GAGAAGAUGAGUCACUCUCGGUUGAUCCGUGUAGCACCGCUUCUCGCUGCUGCCAGGAGGGCAUCUUCUUCCACCCAAGACACGUUUGCAGCACUUGCAGCACCUUCAGCAAUGCAGUUCACCACUCAAGAUUGAGAUGAGCAAUUGAGCCUUAAAAGAAAAGCAGGCACUAAUGAGGCCAGCUGCUGUUCCAGAUGUUGCAGAUAUUCCACCUUUGACCUGUCAAAUCCUCAUUAUGGGAACGAGGUUAUGGUGAAGUUGAGGUCAUGCUGAAUAAGUUCUGUCCAUAUAGAUGUGUGUAAAUUAUUCCUGAGUGCUCAUUGUCACAAGUCAUUAAUAUUUUUUCUGCACAUUCUCUCCCUCAUGUUGAUCUGCUUGCUUUACAUUGAGAAGGAAGGCAGGCAUUCUGCCCAGUCUGGAGGACCUGCUCUUCUAUACAAUAGCUGAAGGCCAAGAAAAGAUCCCAGCACAUAAAUUCACCACAGUGAGUUGUAUACCAGUAUAAGCUCUCAAAGCCACGGGGCUUCGCACAGGUGACCCCCGGCUCAAAGAAUGUAUGGAGAUGCUGAAGGUCACCUUGAAAACAACCUCAGACGGAGCCCUGGACAGACAUCUCUUCAAGAAAUGUGUGCAGAGCAACAUAGUCCUGCUCACUCAGGCCUUCCGAAAAAAGUUUGUCAUCCCAGACUUUCAGCCCUUCUGCAGCCAUAUGGACGACCUCUAUGAGAACGCCAAGAACCUGUCUGGAGGACAGGUGGCUGACUACAUUCCCCAGCUGGCCCGCUUCAGCCCAGACUUGUGGGCCGUAGCACUAUGCACCGUGGACGGUCAGAGGCACACGGUUGGCGACACCAAGGUUCCCUUCUGUCUGCAGUCCUGUGUCAAGCCGCUGAAAUACGCCAUCGCCGUACAUGACCAUGGGACGGAGUAUGUGCACCGAUUUAUUGGCAAAGAACCCAGCGGCCUGCGAUUCAACAAGCUCUUCUUGAAUGAGGACGAUAAACCACACAACCCCAUGGUGAAUGCCGGUGCCAUUGUGUGCACAUCCCUCAUUAAGCAAGGAGCGAGCAACGCUGAGAAGUUUGAUUACGUCAUGAACUUCAUGAACAAACUGGCCGGAAACGAGUAUGUUGGCUUCAGCAACGCCACGUUCCAGUCAGAGCGCGAGUCUGGAGACAGAAACUUUGCCAUCGGCUACUACCUGAAGGAGAAGAAGUGUUUUCCAGAGGGAACAGACAUGACCUCCAUCUUGGACUUCUACUUCCAGUUGUGCUCCAUCGAGGUGACCUGUGAGAGCGCCAGCGUCAUGGCAGCCACCCUCGCCAACGGCGGCUUCUGUCCCAUCACAGGAGAGCGGGUACUGAGCCCGGAGGCAGUGCGGAACACUCUGAGCCUGAUGCACUCGUGUGGAAUGUAUGAUUUCUCCGGGCAGUUUGCCUUCCACGUGGGUCUGCCAGCGAAAUCUGGCGUGGCCGGCGGGAUCCUGCUGGUCGUUCCAAACGUCAUGGGCAUCAUGUGUUGGUCUCCUCCUCUCGACAAGCUGGGCAACAGCGUCAGAGGCAUCCAGUUCUGCACGGACUUGGUGUCCCUCUUCAACUUUCACAACUACGAUAAUCUCAGACACUUUGCAAAGAAGCUGGAUCCUCGUCGAGAGGGUGGAGACCAGAGAGUGAAGUCCGUGAUUAAUCUGUUGUUUGCUGCCUACACUGGAGACGUGUCCGCCCUCAGGAGGUUUGCGUUGUCCUCUAUGGACAUGGAGCAGAGGGACUAUGACUCCAGGACGGCUCUGCACGUGGCAGCAGCUGAAGGCCACGCUGAAGUGGUUCGCUUCCUGCUGGAGGCCUGCAAGGUCAACCCGGUCCCCCGAGACAGGUGGGGAAACACGCCGAUGGACGAGGCGGUCCACUUCGGCCACCACGACGUGGUGACCAUCCUGCGCGAUUAUCACAACCUGUACAGUCCUCAGGAGAGCCCGGCAACAAAGGAGAACGCAGAGAAGAACCUAGACGGCAUGCUGUAAAGGAGGGGACGCUGGUCUGAUGACAAAAGCUCUUAAUGUCGUCGUCGGUGGUGGUGUUGUGCUGCAUUCCUCUGUGUCCUCUUGACCUCCACUCAACUUCUAGUUUUGCUUGGGAGUUUUACUGUCGUUUGUGUUUUUGAUAGGCUUUACUUUUGUGAUAACGUGGAGGAUGCUACCAGCCAAAAGCUGAAUGCUGGCUUCAUUUAGUGGCAGCUGGUUAUGUUUUUACCCUGAAAAGAAAGUAGACGAGUACAUCAGACAAAACGGUCCUCCCUUUUUAUCGCCAUGUGGUGGAAUGUAACCUCCCUCAACACUUGGCAAGUUAUGUAUUUGUAUUUAUUUCAGCGACAAGUCAGUGUUUGUGUGUGUGUGUGUGUUUGUGUAUAAAUAGGUAUAUUGUGGCUUUCCAUGGGACACAUGAUGUGAGUCUGUACAGUAUUUAAACUGUAAAAUAUGAUUGUUUGCGCUGUGGAAUAUUUAACACAGUUGUACUUAUUUAUUUGCUAUUUAUUCCGUAUUGUUAAACCGUUAGCCAAAGUUUGUUGUGUGACAGUACAGCAGAUGUCACUGCCAGCCUCAUCAAUCAUCGCAGAGCUUUUUGGUCCUUCACCUAAAAUGAAGGUUUUCAUUAUUUUCCUGUAAAUGUUGUGACAGUUUUUACAUGUUUGUAGCACAGAUUGUGAACUCGUACUAUACGGUUGCUUCUCAGGAAGGAAACUUGGAGAAAGCAAGAGAAUGGUUAACGUGUGUGUGGAUGUUGACGGAAAUAAUCGAAGCACAAUCAAUGCCCAGUAUUUCUGACACAUUUGUCACGCAUGAAUGCUGUUGGUUGUAAGGAACGCAGACGUGACUGUUUGUUGUUGCUGCUGUGACUGGAUAUAUAUAUAUAUAUAUAUAUAUAUAUAUAUAUAUAUAUAUAUAUAUAUAUAU